AUGGUUUACAUACAAGCUUUAAUCUAAGAAAAGAAAGAAUAAUUUUAAGGCUUGAAUGUAGAUUUAAAAGAGUUCAGAGAAAUUCUUCACAAAAUAGGAGAAAUAAAUACAAAAUAUGCAUUGGAUGAAGAAGUUAUUGUCUAGCUAUACAAUGUACUCUUCCAAAAAUAAGAAGGGUAUGUAACAAUAGAGGGAAUAGAAGCCCUUAUUCUUUAAUGCUUAUUAGAGGAAUAAAGCUAAUACUAAAAAAAUGAGUAAUAAAGUUAGGAUUUAGAUUAGUUAGAAAUUAAGAGUAUGAAACACAUUUAGCUUGAGGAAAACUGUCUUGUCUCAACCUACUAGCACUUAAAUUUUGAUUCUAUAAAUUAGAUACUAUUUAUUUAUAACAAAGCGCUCAAAAUUGCCAAGGCUUAAGACUAAGAUAAGUGCGAGUUACAAUUAAUUCUUAAGCAGAUAGACAUUUUGAAUAAGUAGGGCAAGUUAUUACUUGAUAGCGAUUUAGCUAAAUAAAUAUUUCAAAUGUUAAGCUGUAAAAUUGAAGAGAACAAUUAAGAUUACGUUUUUAAUAAUGAAUUAUAGUAGUAUAUAAGUAAAUAUGAAAACUACAUUCUACUUAAUAAAUAUGGUUAGAAUAACAUAGAAAAUUAUGAGUAAGCAUAUGUUUUCCACGAAAGUGAAGAAGAAUGCACAAGUUGUGACAGUUAAAACAAUUCUUAAAAUGAAAUAAAUAAAAGAGGUACUGAAAAUAAUUCUAUGGUAGGACAACAAAAAGAUAGUAAUUAAGAUAAAAAAAGUUAGCAAAUAUCAAAUUAACAAUUUACCUCAGUCAUUAGCUCACUUUCUAACAUAUAAGAUAUGAAUUCUUAUAAAUAUUUAGAUAAUAGAAAUUAUUUUAUAGAAAAUAAUUAUGUGUAAAGCAUGAGAGACUUAUAUCCAGUACUAAGUGAAUUUGAGUCUAAAGAUAAAAAUUACAAAGGCAUAGUUGAAAAAAUUUAACAAUUUUAUUCUUCUCUUUAAUAAGAAAUAUAGAAUUUAUAGUAGCAACUCUAUGAAAAGGACAGCUAAAUCUAACAUUUUGCUGAAAUUAAGUCAAUGAAAGCCUAAAGAAUUAGUGAAAUGCAAAAAAAAGAAGAAGAAUACAUACACCAAAUUUCCUAUCUCGAAGAUAAAAUAUGUAAUUUAUAAGAAAAUAUUGAGCAGCUUAAUAAACAGAUAAAAGAAUAUCAAAGCAAAGAAAAAGAAUAUAAUCAAAUUGAGUAAGAACAUGACAGAUAAGUAAAAGAGUUAAAAAGCAAAGAUUAAGAAAUAAAGGAAUUAAAACAUUAACUUUUUGAAUUAAAAAAGAACUUUCAUGAGUCAAAAUAAACCUAAUUGUCAUAAGAAUAAGAAAUUCUACAUUUAAAGAGUAAAAUAGAGAAGAGCCCUGCAGAAUCGCAAAAUAGUUCUUUGUAUAGCACAGAAAGACAGAAUUUUGAAUAGCUUAAUGGUGUUAUUUCAUAUUUAGAAGAUGAAAAUUCUCAGUUAAAGUAAGAAAAUGAGCAACUGAAAUAAAAAGUUUAGCAUUAUGUAAAAGUAAUUGAGGAUAAUGAAGAAAGUAAUAAUAAUUUAUAAUCAGAAGUAUUUACUUUAAAAAAGCAAAUAAAUGAAAUAAAUGAUUCCUUUUGCAACUCUCUAAAUGAUAUAAAUUUAAGUACUAAGUAAGAGUUGUCCAUUUAGCAGUUAGCUCAUAGAAAAUCAAAAAGUUUAUUUAAUAGAUUGUCUUGGCAAGCUGAAAUAUAAUAACUAAACAAUCCCUAUACAAAUGAUAAUGAUUUGGUUUAAACAAAUUUGGAAAACGAUCUAGAAUAGAUUUUGUCAAAUAAAUAAAUAGAAUCGGAAGAAAAUACUUAAAAUUAAGUAAAAUAAAAUGAUAAUGAUCAAUAAAAAACUGCUUCAAAAAAAUAACGCACUAAAUAAAUUUCUUUUUAAAAUUAAGAAAAUUUUUUAGGUGAUAUAUUAAAUGAUACAAAAUAGAAUAAUAAGGUAGAGUAAGUUAGAAGCGGUUUUAAAAGGACUAAUUGCUUCAGUUUUGCAGCUUUAGAAGUUAUUUAAAGUUAUCAAAAACUUCAAACAAAAAAAGAUGUCUUGGAAUAGGAGUAAUAUUAGAGAUCUCCAGAAAUGACUACAAGUUAAAUACCUAGUAUUUAAUCUACUAAAAUGUAAUUGAAUUAAGAAGACUAUAUGACUACUAGCGUGUAAGUAAUGUAGACUAGUAUAUAAAAACAAAAUGAUGAGAAUAGAUAUCCUGAAAGUAAAUGUACAAUUCCGAAAACAGAAAAUACUUAAGACAAAGUGACGCCAAGCUUUUAAUAAAUGUUGUAAGGUGAUACUAAUUUUUAUUGGAAUUAGUUGAACAAACAAUUGUUUUCAAAUAACUAAAAUAAAUAUAAUCAAAAUUUUAUUGAAGAAGAAAAUAGCAUUAAUGAAAGCAGGAAAUAGAUUACUAUUCAGUAAUUUAGUGUAUUAUAAGAUUUCAGCAGAGGUAAAGAAAAUAAUGCAUAGACUUAAGGUUUUUCCUUCCCAUAAGUAAACUAACUUAUCAAUACAGAUAACUUAAAUUUAAAAGAAGAUCCUAGAGUUAUUUAAAUUAGAGAAACAUACGAAUCUAAUUUAAAAAGAAAUAGCUCAGAAAAUACUUUGAAGGAAAAUACGAAUUUAUGUAAAAACGAUACAAAUUUAUCUGUUGAAUAUUUUUAUUCUGAUUCCAUAUAUAGAAUUAACGCUUAAAAUGAAAAAGAGCGCAGAAUUUUAUUUAUAACUUCUUAAUAUGUGUACAUCAUUAAUCCUACUGAAAAUUUUAAGAUAGUUAGAAAAUUUUAAGUGCGAUUAAUAAAUAGAAUAACUUUUAGCAACAUAAGUUCUAAUCUUUGCGUAAUUCACGUAUUGAAUUAAUCAGAUUACGUUAUUGAAUCUUGUAGAAGGUUUGAUUUGAAUAUAUUCUUAAAGAAUUUAUUCAAGGCUCUAAAUUUACCCACCUAUAUGAUUUCAUUUGCAGAAAAUCUUUUAAUAAGAUCUAAGAAAAAAGAUAAGAUAUUUAAGUCCCCAGUUUAAUCUGUUUAAAACGAAAACACCGAAAAUUCAUUAGGUACAGAUUAGAACAAAAUGAAAUGUUUACCACCUCAAAAUGAAUCUACGAGCAUAGUAAAUAAGAAUAUUCUGGAAUAAAAAAUAAAUGCUAAUAUCCAAUCUAAUAGCUUUAAUAAUAAAUUGUAUUUUUUCAACAUCUAAAUGAAAAUUAAUUAAAAUAUGAUAUCAAAUUUUUUAUUCAAUCCAUGGAAACCAUAUCUAUUAUAAAUAAAUAAUACCCAAGCAAUAAUAUUUAAAGAUUAAAAAUAAGAUGUAAAAAUAAUGGAGGUUAGUUUGAUAGGAGCAAGGAUCCAUGAAGAAAUGCAAAACAAAGAUAAAGUCAUUAUCUUUUAAAUAAAAAACUAAACAAAUCCUAUUUUAAUUAAAGUAAGUGAUUCUGAUGAAUAUAAAUAAUUACUCGCGUUAGCUUAAAUAAUAACAGAAAACUGA